AUGAGUCUGGUGCCAUUGGCUAUUGCAAAGGUACCAACAGAAGAUCGAUUAAAUUUAGACAGAUACGUAACUCAAGAUUUUAUUCGGAUGUUCGAGCGUGAUCAAACAAUGAUGUUGGAUGAUUGCCAUUAUGAAUUCCCUGCUACUGUUGCCACAACUGUCAGCACAGUACAAGCUAGCACAAUGACCACUGCAUCAGAUAAUGACGAAGAAGAUUUGUCAAUAAGACGAACAGGUUCAAAACGUCGAAAACAAAUAAAAAAGCCUCUACCAUCAAAACCAUUACGUCAAAAUUGUGGCAGAUAUACUACAUAUGAAAUGCGUAUAUGUGAUCAACUGUUAAAACAUUCAAUAAAAACAGCCUGUGAUGUAACAGCUGCAGGUGCAACACAAAAGGAUGCAUUUACAUUUUUUACACAUUUCAGUACUACAAAUCAUUUUCAACAACUCGGUGAUGAAAUUAUUAUGGAUUUGUGGGAAUAUAUGGACUUAUUUUCCCUAUGGCAUGGUUGGUUCAAUCUUAAUUAUCGAUUUAAUCAGAUAUUGUUCGAUGAUCGCCUUCGAUUCACAUUGAAUUUAAAACUAUUUCCUGAUGACGAACGCAAACAUUUUUUUAAGUUUUGUAUAUUAACAAUGCCACUCGUCUCUUCUCGAUUGACUUCAUUGACAAUGACAAAACUUUAUACAAAGAAAUUCAUAUUGUUGUGUGAUCAAUUGAAGUUUGAUCGAUUGGAAAUGUUAAUAUUUGACGAUACACACGGAGAAGGUUAUUAUGCCAUGACUGAGCAGAUGCUACAAUUCAUUUUCAAUGUCAAAUCUUUAAGAAAAUUGACUGUUUCCACUCAAACGUGUGACGAUACAAAAUCCAUCCUGUCGAGAAAACUUAUUUGUGAAAAUCGGUUACCUCAAUUAACAGCAUUUACGUUGCACAAUGGGUAUUUUAAUCUCGAGCUUUACUAUCACAACUUAUCAGCGACGAAUGCUAUCAAACGAUUAAGUAUCAAUUGUGAAAUGAAUGAUUUAACAGGAAUAUUUCAUUGUUCAAAAAGUCUGAAAUAUCUUAGAAUGGGUUUGUCUGAUGGAUGGACUUAUGAAACAUGGAAAGGACGCGGCAAGCCAGCGUUGCCCGCGUUACCAACACUCAGAGAAAUGUGUGUUGGUGUUCAAAAUAUACCGUUCGAUGAUUUAUCUAACAUAGUGAGAGCGAUGCCAAACGUCGAACGUCUUGAGAUUGAUGGAAUAUUAAAGGAUAGGUAUUGUUACGAUGGAGAAAAGUUAAAACAUUUGUUUUCUAGCAUAAAGACGGUGACCAUCAAGAAUCUUGAAUAUCAAACAAAACGGUCUAUGAGCACAUUUCGAUUCAUGAAUGAUGAGUAUUGGUACAACGUCAAGUGUGAAAAAAUCAGUGAACGCGGCUCGUUGAGUUUAUCAGCUAUGGGAGGAUAUUGUCGUAAUUAA